AAAAGCCGCCACUUGAACCACCGCCACAAGCAGUGCGUUCACCAGACCAAGCACAAAGAAAAUUCUCAGACACAAUCACAGAGGCGAAGAAAACAAGCAUCUCGAUUCCUUAUCCUCCUCCACUUAUAUAUGACGACGAUGACUGUUUCUUCUCCAUAAAUUCUCAAUUCCCUUCUUGUUGAUCAUCUUCCUAUGAGAGUCGCUUGCUGCCGGAACCCAACCACGACACUCCGCCGCCGUCCUCGUCCUUCGCCAUGUUGGAGGCACGCCGCUGGGAGAGGGAGCGCAGAAGCCCCGAGAGGAGCCUCACCGCCGGUAAUGGUUACGUGGAGGUCGAUCCCUCCGGCCGCUAUGGACGCGAACUGAGAACCAUGCAGACUUCUCAUGAUCUAUGUUUCUGUGUGAUAUACCUGAUAACAGUUUGAUGAAGUGCUCGGGAAAGGAGCCACCAAGACUGUAUACAAGGCAUUUGAUGAGUUAAAUGGCACGGAGGUGGCCUGGAACCAGGCCAAGCUCUGCAUCGUGAUGCAGUCGCCGGAGGCGCUGCAGCGGAUGUACUCGGAGGUGCACCUGCUCAGCUCCCUUAGCCAUGAAUCCAUCAUCCGAUUCCACGCCUCGUGGGUCGACAUCCAGCACCGGACUCUCAACUUCAUCACUGAGAUGUUCACCUCCGGUACCCUCCGAGAGUACCGGCAGACGUAUCCACGAGUCGACAUCAGAGCCAUCAAGAGCUGGGCGCGCCAAAUCCUGCAUGGUCUCGUCUACUUGCACGGCCACGAUCCCCCGGUGAUCCACAGGGACAUCAAGUGCGACAACAUCUUCGUCAACGGCCAUCUCGGACAAGUCAAGAUCGGCGAUCUCGGCCUGGCUGCAGUCCUCCGCCGCCACCAGCCCGCGCACAGCGUCAUCGGUACUCCCGAGUUCAUGGCGCCGGAGCUUUACGAGGAAGAGUACAACGAGCUUGUCGAUAUCUAUUCCUACGGCAUGUGCAUGGUUGAGAUGCUCACAGCCGAAUGCCCUUACAGUGAGUGCUGCAAUCCAGCUCAGAUCUACAAGAAAGUUACUUCGGGGAAGUUGCCUGAAGCAUUCUAUCGCAUACAAGAUCCAGAGGCGAAGCGAUUCAUCAGUAGGUGUUUAGAAAACGUGGCGAACAGAUCAUCGGCGAAGGAGCUACUUCUUGAUCCUUUUCUUGCACUGGAUGAUCAUCAUGGUCUGCCAUUGACACUGAAGAACACUCCUGCUCACGUGGCUGAUCAGGACUCCAUUUUGCAUGAUCACAAGAAGAACUUGAACUCGUCUGAUCAGGUUGACGACAUUGUCGAUUGCACGAUCAAGAGAACGGAUAUGAGUAUCACCGGGAAGAUGAACCCCGAGGGCGAUACGAUCUUUCUCAAAGUUCAAAUUGCUGACAAAGAAGGCCAAGUGAGGAACAUCUACUUCCCCUUCGAUGUCGUGAGCGAUACACCGAUGAAUGUGGCGAAUGAAAUGGUGAAGGAGCUCGAGAUUACGGAUCGAGAGCCUUUGGAGAUUGCUGAUAUGAUAGCUCAGGAGAUAUCGAUUCUGCUGCCGGAUUGGAAGGAAAGUGCUAGCGGAGGCAAUGACCUUCACCAUGCCUAUAACUAUGUCGAUGAUGCUGAGGAUGGCUGCAAUCACCCAUUUUACAAUAUCGCAUCGCCGACUUCCUCCCAAGGCUCUGUGUUUGGAACAGGGCAAAGAGGAGGGUGGUUUCAAGGUGGUUUGUUUUCUGAUGACGACGACAUGAGCUCCACUCACUCAGGCAAGUAUUCUUGCAUGAAUUACACCUCGAGCAACGAGCAAGAAAGCGAAAUGAGCUUCCACCAGAGCAAUCACGAGGCGAAAGAGGAUGCCGCACUGACGAGGGAGCUCGAGAAGAAGUGCAGAGUAGGACUACCGGAGUCCUCCUCCUCAAGGACCCCUUGUGCUCCAAAGGGAAGCACCGCAGAUAGCCGGAGGUUGACGCGAAACUGCUCGAUGGUCGACAUGCGAAGUCAGCUACUUCAUCGGAAUCUCGUGGAGCAUUUGAAGAAGAGGCUGUUUAAGACCGUCGGCGCGGUGGAGCAGAUUGGGUUUCAGAACCCAUUGAAUGGCUCUCGCAAGGCAACUUCAUCCUCUAGGGGAGGAGGAGGAGAGUACAGGAAACAAAAGCCAGGGUUUACAUGGGCAAGAAGUUGAUUUCCUCUGAGAAAAGGGAAAACAACAACUUUUGAGUUCUUAGCAAGUGUUUUGAGGUGCUUGUAAUGUAUUCUUGAAAGCAUCUGAAUUUGGGUGCUUGUAAUCCCUAAGGAGUAGUCGGUCAACUACUCAUCUGCGUUAAUUAUGCGUGAUUGAAAAGUCAUAAUCGACGUUCGACUUAAUCCUUUCUCA